AGGUUCAGUCAGUUAGACUACAUUGGCGAUCCCCUAUAUGUAGGCAGGUACUGUAACUACUGGAUAUUUUUAAGUCGCUGUAGAAAAGUUACUGUUUAUGUUCGUCUUUAUUUUAUUUUUUCGCAAUUCAUUUCAUUUCAUUUCCUGUGAAUGAAUAUCAAAAAUUGAUUGAAUCAUUAUUGGGUAUAUAUUCUGGAUAUCAUCAAUUAUCCCGUCUGGAACAUCUAAAAAUCACUAUGAAAUUCAGUCAGAAAGCUAUCGCCUUGGGCGUUUUGUCGCUACCAAGGGCUAUGGCGUGGGGAAGCUUGGGACACAUCACCGUGGCUUACAUUGCAUCCAACUUCGUCAAGGAGGACACGGCCGCAUACUUCCAGGACAUCCUCAAGAAUGACACCGAGCAUUAUCUUGCGGGGGUGGCUACUUGGGCUGACAGCAUCCGAUACACGAAAUGGGGGCACUUUUCUAGCAACUUCCACUUCAUCGAUGCUAAGGACACACCUCCCACGUAUUGCGGCGUCGACUUCGAGAGAGACUGCAAGAAGGAUGGUUGUGUCGUGAGCUCCAUUCAAAACUACACCUCCCAGCUGCUCGACACCAGCCUGUGGCCUUCGCGGAGGAACCAGGCUGCCAAAUUCGUCAUCCAUUUCCUCGGCGAUAUUCACCAGCCUCUGCACGUAGAAAACGUAGCACACGGCGGUAACGGUAUCCACGUGAAAUGGAACUCGAACGAAGUCAACCUGCACCACGUCUGGGACACGAGCAUCCCGGAGAAGAUGCUUGGCCCAAUUCACAGGAAGCCUUACGUCGCAUCGAUCCAAUGGGCCGCCAACCUGACCGAGCAAAUAAAGUCGGGCAAGUAUGAGUCGGACAGCAAGCUCUGGACUGGUGGUUUAUCGCUCGAUGAUCCCAUAACGACCGCAAUGGGCUGGGCCAACGAAUCCAAUGCACUCGUCUGCACGCACGUUUUCCCUGAAGGGCCCGACACCAUCGUUGGCCAAGAGCUCGCUGGUGAUUACUAUGAAAAAGCCGUUCCCGUGAUCGAGCUCCAAGUUGCCAAGGCCGGGUACCGCCUCGCAGCCUGGCUAGACUUGAUAGCUGAGAAGGCCUCUGGAACGUCGCAGCUUGACGACGAGCUCUGAGGCAGGAAGUCCUAGAAGGAUUUGUGUCGAGAAUUUGACUUCGUUGCGCAAUGUGUAUCGGUCCCGAGGUAUGCUGGCUAAAAUUAGGAUUGAAUAUUGAAAGCUUCAAAACUUGAGUUGCUGGUGGAUUGAAAGGAAGC